CUGAAAUAAAUCGGAUAAUUUCCUUGCACAUGUUCAAAUUAAAUUUAAUUUUAUUGCAUUUUAAAUCGACAAAAGAUGGAUAAGUCACAACCCAAAUUUAAGUAGGUUUGAUCAUCUAAUUUAUUAGAAAAAGGAAAAAUGUGACUGAAACCUCAAUUCAAGUUCAAGCAUUUAGCCCAAUCACCGUGAUUGUUUCUGAUGGGUUAGGAUAAAAAAAUCCAGAAAGAGGCCGGCAUUUUGUAAGGAAUACAGAAGAAGUAACUUGUGAAAUAAUCAAAAAUUAAGACAGAAAAAUGGCCUCAGAGGACCCGAAAGCCACUCGGCAGCAAUUGUUUAAAAACAAAGGAAAAGAUUUGGAGCAACAGAGACUGAGGAGAGCAGAAGUUACUGUUGAACUGAGAAAGAACAAAAGAGAAGAACAUCUAAGAAAGAAAAGGAACGUGCCCCAACAUGAAAACAGUACUGACUCUGAUGAUAAUGACAAACCUUUGAUGAAUCAGUCCUUAGAAACCAUAGUUCAGAAUGCUGCCAGCCCAGAGCCCGGUGUCCAACUCAGUGCUGUACAAGCUGCUAGAAAACUGCUGUCCAGUGACAGGAACCCUCCCAUAGAUGACCUGAUUUCUUCUGGAAUUUUGCCCAUUUUAGUCCAUUGUUUGAGCUGUGCUACCAAGUAA